CUCUCUCAACACUCCACUGCAAAACCCCCCAUGAAGUCGGGCGAAGGCACCUCCUACGGCGGCGGCGUCGGCGGGAAGUUCCGGAAGACGCCGUCUCGGCGGCACCAACCGACGCCGUACGACCGCCCCCCGCCGACCCCUUUCCCAAACCCUAGAAACAACAACGGGUGGCUCCCCAAACUCAUCCUCUCCGGCGCUCGCUCCUUCUUCUCCUCCUUCUCCCGUAAGCGCCUACCUCCUCCGCUCCCACCAGAAGCAAACAUAGAGUCAAGGGAUCGGCUUCAGGAUGCAGUUCCCAUCAAUUCUGCUAGAGUGGAAGCACCAGCAAUUGAUAAUGGUGGCAAUCCAACCAAUAGCUGUAACGAUAGUAGCAUUUCCAAACUUGAGCAAAUAUUACAGCAAAAGACAUUUAGUAGAUCUGAGGUUGACCGUUUGACGGAACUACUACAUUCAAAACCUAUCGAUGUACCUACUGGGGAUGACCACAAAAUGGGUGAAGUAAAUGUUCCACAAUCAAUGUCUGCAUAUGGGGUACAACAGAAUGUUUCAAGUAGCCCAAUGCAGCACCAUGUGAUGGAGAUGCCCUUGGAGAAUCGGUUUCGUGGGCACUUUUUAACUCCCUUGAUCAGUUCACAUGUCCAUGAAAAAGAUGUUGCUUCACCUGCUGAGCUUGCAAAAGCAUACAUGGGUAGCAGGCCUUCAAAAGUAUCACCGUCAAUGUUAGGCUUGCGCAGCCAAGCAUUGAAAGAAGAUGCAAAUCUGUUGGAUAACGUAUCAUAUCCUCCAAAGACGCAUGUUCGUGUUGGAAUUCCUGAAAAUGGUUUUAUGAACCCAAGAUCCCGAGGCAGAUCGGCCAUAUAUGACAUGGCUCGUACGCCAUACUUGAAUGUGAAUCCAACUGCUGACCAAAAGGGUUUCAGGUCUGUCUUCGACGGUUAUGGUGGACCAUCUGCAUCACCAUCAUCUGUAUAUCCGAGGGAGCAUGAUGCACAACUUGGGUCUAAGCAAUUGGCCCUAAAACGCAGGAUAUCUGCAUUAGAAGAUGAUAUUGGUUCUACUACUCCCAUACGUAGACUCCGGCAGAAAACUAGUCUUUCGACUCCACAAAAUUUGAGCUUGCCGGUAUAUAGAAGUACUCUUUCUAGUCAUGGAGCUGGACUUGGGUCUAAUGGUGCUCAACCCCUUAUAUCUUUUAACCGAAAACCAUUUCCUGUAGAAGAACCUCAGUAUAGAAACUUGCAUACAGAGAAUGAGGAUAACAGCACCCCCAGUACAAGUUAUACCACCAUUCCUUUUAAGUCCAGUGAGAUGGCUACAAGAAUAUUAGAGCAGCUUGAAAAGUUGGUUCCAAGGGAGAAGCCAUUAGAAGGAGACAAAUCACCCAGUAAGUUGACACCAAGUAUGCUGCGAGGACAGGCUCUUAGAAGCCUAGAAUAUGUUGAUUCAUCAAAGAUUCUGCAGAAUGCCCUAGAAAGUCAUAAGUUGGAGGAAUUGUGCAACACCUCUCAACUAGAUGCUGAUGAAAUGACCUCUCAUAAGCAAGACAAAAUUGAAGAAAAUGGCCCAGAAAAGUUUAUUGGUUGUCACGAGACAGUGGCUCCUGUCGGGAUCUGUGGAACUAUGGUUUCAGUUAAUGAUUCUGUUGCUGGUGUUCAUACUGCAGGUUCAGUAGUCACAGCAACUGCUACUCAACCUCCUCAAAAGAAAUGGGCUUUUCAUAUGAGUGCGGAUGAGGAUUUUCUGGACCUGGAUGAUGAGAUUCAUCCUAUUGAAGCUACAUCAACACAGUUGUCUCCGGAGGUAGAAAAACAAGAGAAAUUUAUGGUGGAGAGCAAGGUUGCUUAUACUGAAGCAGUGAUGGUGAGCAAAACUUCAAGAUUGUCUGAAAUCAAGCCACCUGAUGGUCCUCUUAUAACAAAUUCAGCCGAUUUAGGAACUUUUGAUGCGUCUGUGGCUGGUGAGAAAAACACCUUUACGUUCCUUACUGUGCCUGCUUCCAGCACAACUUUUCAGCCCAUUGUGGCUGCUCUUCAAUCAACCUCAGCAUUUGACUCGAUUAUUCCACUCAAGGAAUCAAAUUCAACUCCGGUUUUUAUUAGUGCUGACUCCAAAAUUGUCGAUAAGGUUCCAUCGAUCUCAUUUUCAUCAUCUGCUGUCAGUGAAUCUCUAUGCCAAAAGUCUAAUGCCCCACUGGAAUCAAAGCCAGAAUGUUCAAACAGCUUAGCAAAUAGUGCCUCUGGUACAGCUAUCGUCGCACCAAAAGUUCCAGAGUCAGACGAAGGUGAUUAUGAUGGCAUACAAAAAUCCGUAGAAAUGACAGUACAAUCUGAAAUUUCUAGUUCUGCUGCUGUAUCCGCAAGCAGCAUUUUGUCCUUCGCUGCCCCCGCCUACAUUUCAGGUCUAAAUAAUGGUUCACUUGCUUCAAGUCCUUCUAUAUUUUCCUCCCCUGCUCCAUUUCCAGUUUCCGUUGAUUUCACCAAUCAAAAAAUUGGAAAUAGUUUUACCAACACUGCCCCUUCCACUAGUGUUACCGUUUCUACCAAUGACACCACUACUACCUCUGCUUCCAAUGGAAUUGUCUCUACCUCUUCUGCAGCAUCUUCAUUUCUGGUAGCCCCUAUUUUCAAUUUUGGGCCCACCGCUGGAGCUCUAUCAAAUCCAGUUUCAACGAUGUCAACCACUUCCAGCUUAGAAACUACAGAUUUGAAGGCCAAAACUGAUAAGGAAUCAACACUUGGCAAUGACAACCUAAGUAACGCACCUCUUGGUGGCACAUCGUUUGGAACUGCAAGCACAGGAAGUAACAUUUUCGGAUUCAGUACUUCUGCUACUUCUUCAGCUGUGUAUAAUUCAUCUGAAGGUGAUCUUUUUGGCACCACUAGUGGAUCUUUAGCCAUCACUCAGACGUCUCCUGCUGAAACUGGGGUUGCAACGGUUACACAGAGCAUGCCUUUUCAGUUUGGGUCAUCUUUCACUUGUAGCAAUUCUAUAUUUGGUUCCUCAAGCUCAAGCAGUCCACUAUUUAGUUCUUCAACUUCUCCCAAGUUGUUCGAUUCAACCUUUAGCUUCGGUCUGAGUUCUUCGGCUUCCUCUUCACCGAUCAACACCAUUAGCCCCAGUGGUGCUGCCACUUCAAGCUUAUUUGGUACGAACUGGCAGCCGACCACCACCACAUCUGUUUCUCCAUCAGCCGUUUUCCCCUUUGUAGCAUCCUUCGUUUCUGCUGCUUCUACCAGUAAUGCCCCGAUGGUAUUUAGUAGUGGAAUUCCAACGUUCACAGCUCUCUCAGGUAAUGGGGAUCAGAUGAGCAUGGAAGAUAGCAUGUCCGAGGACCCUGUACAGGGAUCAGCGCCGGCAGUUCCGGUGUUUGGUCAACCAUCCAUCUCAGCUCCAUCAUCUGGCUUUAUGUUUAGCUCAACAGUUUCGUCAGGGGGAAUUCCAUCGUUUCAAUUUGGUAAUCAACAGAAUCAGAGCACUCCACAAAUGCUACCUCCUUUUCAGUCAUCUGGUAGUCUGGAGUUUGGUGCUAAAAAUAGCUUCUCAUUGGGUUCUGGCGGUGGCGGUGACAAGUCUGGUCGGAAAAUAGUUAAACGUCAAACACAAAAACCGAAGAAGGCCAUAAAACACCAUGAAAGGUGAUUGGUUUCAUUCACAAUCCUAGUUACUGGGGUAAAGAAAAGAGAUACAGCUCCCAUUUUGUGGGAGAUAUGUGCCAUGAGUUUGCUGUUAUUGCCGGUGUUUCUGAGUUUCUCUGUGUUGGAAAUGUAGAUCAAUUGCCUCGAGUCCGUUGGAUUCUGGUAAUUCUGUUGCACGCUUAACAAUAUUUGCUGUAGUGGCCGAGGUUUUGUUCUUGCUAUGGAAGGCAUAAUGUGUCCCAAUUUUGGUUGUCUUUAGUGAACGUAUGAGCACUUGUACUGUACUUUAGGAGCUGUAGUUCGUAGGGUUUCUGGUCUGGAAAUUCUCUAUCUAACUACCUUCUUUGUGUACUCUGUUACAUGUGAAAUAUAAGGAAAGUUCCUGAGGUAA